AUGGCGUUCUCUUCCAGCAGCUCACUAGGGAGCUUCAACCUUCUGCCUUUGAGUAAUGAGCCAUUUACGACAUAUGGACCAAACACGGUCGAGAGAAACGCGCUUCAGGAGGCUUUGAGAGAGGUAGAAGCCGAUGCACCGUAUGAUGUGUACGCCAACGUUAAUGGCCACGAUGAAAGCGGCGACUUGUCAGAGACGCAAUGCAGUCCUUUCAAGCACAGUCUUGUCCUGGCCAAGUACUCGCACGCGCAAUCGGAGCUUGUAGCAAAAGCUAUCAAGGGAGCUCUUGAAGCAAAGAAAACAUGGUGCCAGACUUCACUUCACGACCGUGCGGCAAUCUGCUAUCGAGCGGUGGGACUGCUUCGGGGACCGUAUCGAUAUCGCAUGUUAGCUGCGACCAUGAUCGGACAAGGUAAGAAUGCCUACCAAGCAGACAUCGAUUGCUAUGCUGAGUCCAUCGACUUCCUGCAAACAUUUCCGGCACUUGCCAAGCAGCUGUAUGACAACCAACCCCUUUUCAAUGCUCCGAACGUAUGGAAUCGAACAGAAGCGAGACCCAUCGAUGGAUUCGUGUAUGCUGUGACGCCCUUCAAUUUCACAGCCCUAGCUGUGAACUUGGUAAUGGCACCCGUCAUCAUGGGCAACGUGGUAAUCUGGAAGCCUAGUCCAGGUGCCAUAUACUCUAAUUGGCUAUUUCAUCGGAUCAUGAUAGAGGCUGGCCUACCACCGGGUGUACUGCAGUUCAUCCCUGGUGAUCCCGAGGUCGUCACUGCAGCGGUUUACAACAGUCGGGACUUUGGUGGGUUGCACUUCACUGGCAGCACGGCGGUCUUCCGGUCGUUGUCAUCAAAGAUAGGAACGAAUAUGGGCUUCUGGAGGUCUUACCCUCGGGUUGUGGGGGAGACAGGUGGCAAGAACUUCCAUCUUAUUCAUCCUAGUGCUGAUGUCAAGAACGCGGCCCUCAAGAGCGUCCGAGCGGCAUUCGAGUACCAGGGGCAGAAAUGCAGCGCACUGUCACGCAUUUAUGUGCCACAAAGUCUGGCGAAAGAAUUCAAGGAGAUCCUGUCUGAUACGGCGAGUUCUAUUAAGAUGGGAUCGGCUUUCACAGAUUUUAUGGGCCCAGUCAUCAGCCGGUCGGCUUUUGACAGGGUGUCUCAAUACAUAAAGGACGCGAAGUCCGACCCUGAGGUCUCUUUCCUCGCCGGUGGCAGCUGCGAUGACUCGGAAGGAUUCUAUAUCAGCCCAACAGUCAUUGAGACGACCAAUGCCACGUCCAAAUACAUGAGCGAAGAGAUCUUCGGUCCGUUCGUGUGCAUCUAUGUCUAUAAGGACGAAGACUACGGGAGCGCACUGUUCGACUUGAUCGAGUCAACCACAGAGUAUGCCUUGACUGGCGCGGUUUUCGCCAAGAAUCGGGCAGCUAUCAUUGAGGCCACCGAGGGUUUGCGCUUCGCUGCUGGAAACUUCUACAUAAAUGAUCAAUGUACUGGUGCUAUGCCAGGACAGCAGCCUUUCGGAGGAUCACGAGCGAGCGGUACAAACGACAAGGCUGGAACCGCAGGCCUACUCACGAGGUUCAUGUCACAAAGGACUAUAAAAGAAGGUUUCAGCAUCAUUGAUGAUAUUCUAUAUCCAUCCAACCUGGAGUAA